GUGGGCACCCGCCGCUGGGGCUGGGUCACCGCUGCCUUCCUCCUCCUCCUCCUCACCGUGCAAGCUGCCCAGAAAGGCGAUGUUAGCGGCGACACCACGGCUGCCACCAUCAACCACUCGCUGACGCUGCUGCAGCGGCUGCAGGAGCUGCUGCAGAACGGCAACGGCAGCGACUCGGUGCUGCGGGUGCGCACGGCUGCCUCCGAGGAGGCCAAGGUCUUCCACACCCACCAGCUGCUGCUCAGCCUCCAGAGCGAGGUCUUUGAGAGCCUCCUGCACAACCAGAGUGUUGUCACCCUGUACGAGCCGCCCGAGACUGCUGCGCUCUUUGAUAAGUUUAUCAGGUACCUGUAUUGCGGGGGGGUCUCCAUCCUGCUGCACCAAGCCAUCCCCCUGCACCAGCUGGCCAGCAAGUACCGUGUGUGGGGGCUGCAGCGCGGCGUGGCCGACUACAUGAGGACCCACCUGGCCAGCGAGUCGAGCCAGGGCCACGUCGUGGGCUGGUACCAUUAUGCCGUGCGCGUCGGGGACGUGGUGCUGCAGGAGUUGGCCGGCGUCAUCUGCCAGAAGACGGUGCUGGUGGGCGGGCGGCAGCAGGGACGCGUCCUGGUGAAGCACGUCUACGGCUUCCACCAGAGCUCGGAUGAGACCACCGACUUCCUGGCCCAGGCGGACCUGCAGAAGCGCACCUCCGAGUACCUCAUCGACAACUCCCUGCACCUCCACAUCAUCAUCAAGCCCGUCUACCACUCCCUCAUCAAGGUGAAGAAGUAA